UCCAGACUAAAUAUGACAUUGUACAAAUGCUAACCGAAAUGGCUGGUGAUCUAUUAAUCAAUGCAGAGUAUGAAAAUCCGUGCAAUGACCACAACAAUGAAUUAAAUGAGCAAGUUGAAUAUUGCACAAGCAGCUCAAAUUAUGACCAAGACCAGGUUGAUCAAUAUGCAGCAACACCAUCUUAUGAAAUUCAUCAAAUGUCUCACUGCUUCAGUGAUACCAAUGAUUGUGUGCCAAGCAGUGAAACACGCGUAUUAGAUCUAAUGCAAGAUGUUCUCAAAGAGUCUCAGAAUAGGUCAAAAAUACAGUAUGACGCUGACAGGAAUGAUUUGCCUUUGUAUUGUGUGAUAUCUGAUGAACAUUUUAUGACUCACCCUGACUGCAAAGGUGAUUAUUUAUGGCAUGAGCUUUCAGAAGACUUAAACGGUAGCAGCCAAUACCACUGCAAUCCUGGAAACAUUCACGUCACCGAUAUCACAACAGGAAAAUAUGCUUUUCAGAUGAUGGCUCCAGAAAAUAACAGUAUUUGGGGAUGGCCUGAAACCUGCAGUGAAUCUGAAUCAACAAAGGUUUCCGAGUUGAACCCCAAUGCUAAAGUAUGGGGAAAUCACAUGUUGCAUGUGGAAGCAGGCGGUACUGCUGAUGGGACUGUGGGCCAGUCUUGGGAGGAGUUGCCUGAUGAACCUCCAGAUUCCUCUAAAGAAGGACUGGAUGCCAACAGUGACGGAAACAAAAAGGGUCAGAAUGCAGUGUUAACCGUUUUACAUGAACCAUCUCAAUCCAUUUCUGUGUCAGACCCAACCGAUAUGAAUACUAUAUCUCUGGGAAACUCAGAAUAUGAAUCUAUGCAUGAAACCACCCAUUCAGGAGCAAAUGAUCUACCACCGCUAGAAGGUCAAGAGGACCUGCGUGAUAUUCUUAAGAAAACACUGGAAUUUUGUUUAUCUCGAGAGAAUCUUGCCAGUGAUAUGUACCUUAUAUCACAAAUGGACAGUGAUCAAUAUGUGCCAAUUUUGACUGUAGCUAACCUUGACCAUGUCAAGAAACUCAGCACGGAUAUGGACCUAAUAGUGGAUGUGUUGAGAUCUUUGCCUUUGGUACAAGUGGAUGAGAAAGGCGAGAAGGUCAGACCAAACCAGAAUCGGUGCAUUGUGAUAUUACGAGAGGUUCCUGAGUCUACACCCAUUGAAGAGGUGGAAGCCCUUUUCAAGGGAGAAAACUUGCCUAAGUUUAUUAAUUGUGAAUUUGCCUAUAAUGACAAUUGGUUCAUUACGUUUGAAUCUGAAGCAGAUGCACAGCAGGCUUACAAGUACCUUAGAGAAGAAGUAAAAACAUUUCAAGGAAAACCUAUCAAAGCAAGGAUCAAGGCGAAGGCUAUAGCUAUCAAUACAUUUUUGCCAAAGAAUGGUUAUAGACCACUAGACAUGAACCUGUACACGCAACAACGCUAUACAACAUCUUUCUACAUACCUCCAGUGUAUAGUCCACAACAACAGUUUCCACUCUACAGCCUAAUUACGCCGCAAACCUGGUCAACUGCGCACAGCUAUUUGGACCCUUCACUGGUGGCACCAUUCCCCAAUGCUGGGUUCAUUAAUGGGUUUACAUCUCCUACUUUCAAGCCAGCAGCUUCACCAUUAUCCUCUCUGCGACCUUAUACACCUAGGAGUAGGAACCCUGGCAAAUCACAUCUGAGACAUACGAUACCUACUACAGACAGAGGGCCAGCACUCCUUGAUGGUUCAACUAUCUUCAACUUUACUACUGACAGACUUAUCAAUGGUGUCCGAGGGGCACCAACGCGGCAACCUGGACAAACCAGAACGCGAAUGCAAAAUGCAUCUACGUUUGUUAAGAGAGAUAUUGGUACUGGUCGAGUAGAACCCACUAGUAUUGAAACCUCUCCUGGUCUCGGCAGAGGGAGGAAAAAUUCCUAUGGUUACAGAAAGAAAAGAGAUGAUAAAUAUUCGAGAGGUCAAACACAAUCUCCUCCACCUAUGAAGCCACCCUCGCCUAGCUUUGAAUUGGGACUCUCGAGUUUUCCUCCUUUACCUGGUGCUGCUGGAAAUUUAAAACCUGACGACUUCUUUGAAAACAGACUAGCAAAUGUGGUUAUAAGCACAUCAAAAGAAAAGAAUGUUAAUGUGGAUGCAAGUACAAACACUGUUCCAUCUGGAAUCCCACGGGAACCAUUAUUGCCCAUCCCUACAGCACUGCCCAUAAGUUUCCAGAGCCCACCGUCCCCAUCACAUUCUCCAGAUGAAUCAAAGCAGGUGGAUACUCAGCAAAGAGAGUCUCCGACUAUAGAAAGAAUUUCUGCCACACUCAACACCGCUAGCAAAUCUAUUCAGGUUAAUGGAGCUGCUACAGAAUUAAGAAAACCUAGUUAUGCAGAAAUUUGCCAGAGAACAAGCAAGGAUGCCCCAACUUCACAACCUUCAAAAGAACCGAAACAAAACUCACCAGUUUGUGUGAAAGAAGAACGUAAAGUCACAGAAACGACUAUAGAGAAAUCCAGGGAGAACGCACCAACAAAAUCAAAUCCAGGGCGACCCAAAGACCAGAGGAGACUGCCUGGGCGAAGGUCUCCUCCACCUCCUCUGGCCAUUGGAAAACGUGUUAAUAAAGAACCUGGCAGUCCGCUAAAAUCUCCUCAGUAAGAAAAUGGCCUAAAGGAGACCUACUUAUCCUACAUUAACUAUCAUGCUCUACUCGUGUGCAGUGAAUGAGGUGCUGGAUAAGAGCAGGUAGUUCAGGGCAUGAGAUAUAGUUUGCAAUUCUCUUUAUUUUUUCAUGCACAUUUUGCUAUGUGAACCUGUAUUUCAGGUUAAGAGAUUUUUCACACCAUUGUGUUCCACUAGAUAUAUAUCUGGCUUCAUAAUGGGGUUUAUACUUUACACUUUUUAGUCCAAGUGGUCUUCAUAUCAAGCCAGCUUUUGGCAACCUAAAAUUUCAACCAGAACUUAAGUUUGCUAAAUUGGUACACUUCCUGAGGUGUAUAAAGUAUCGCCAGAAGGGUACUGGAUACUAAAUACUAAACAUAUUUCGGCAAAUUGGUUUUUGAAAAUUUGUUUUUCCAAAAAAGUUUGUUUUUCAACAAAAUAUUUGAUAGGUUAAGUCUUGAUAAAAUUCUAUUGAUUUUUUUUUUCUUCUUUUUAUUUGCCUCCAGUUACUACCUGCUGCCAGCACAUAUCCAUCUUUACAUUUGAUUACCACAAGCUGAUGCAAUCGGUAUUUUCAAAGCACAUUGUUCUUAAACAAUUUCAAGAAGAGCAUUACACAAGCCCUACUGCUUUGUAUCUCUUCUCAAUGUAGGUUUUCCUUUUAUAUGCGCUCAAAACUAGAAGUCUUUUGGGGAAAUAUGAAUUCCCUGAGAGGCUGCAGAUCCUUAAAUGAUGUGCCCACACUAGGGUAACAUUUGAAGGUGACAUCUCCCAGUGGCAUUU